AUGAUUCCUAUGAAUAUUUUUCCUUUCCUUCUUCUUCUAUUGGGAACUCAGCAACGAUUAAUAGCAGGCGAAACCAUCAAUUGCGCAGAUGGCGAUAUGUCUGUUAAAUCGAUGAAGCCAUCAUUCGGAGGCAUCUCAGCAUUCUAUUCAAUCGCCAAAGGCAUUUCGGACGGGCUUCAGAGUACGCCCAACGAAAAAACCUAUAAGGAUUUGAAUAAUUUUAUUUUCGAUGAGGACGAUUCAGUGACAUAUAGUGUAGUCGCUCGAGACCUGAUCCUCAAUCAGAUUGGGGCCAUUGUCUUCUGGAGUUUUGGAUUUGUGAUCAUCCUCGCCGCACUGGUAUUGCUUGUUGCCACCGCCAUCUGGCAAUGCUGCUUCACGUGUGUCCCAAUGUCCCAGGCGAAACGCUCCCCAACGACAGGAGUAAUAUACAUUGGCCUUCUUGUGACGUGCUUCGCCUUUCUACUCACUGGCACAAUUCUAUUCAAUAUUUCGAUUGCGAAUCUGACAUCGUCGAUUGAUCGCGGACAAGAAUUCACGAAACAAAUCAGCAAUGAUUUGGGACGAGUCUUGAAUACUGGAGCCCAACAGAUGACGUGCGCCGUUCAGACAACAACCAAUAACACAUUUUCGGAGUUGAGUGCGCAAAUUGGGAAUUACGCUCAAGUUGUCAUUCAAAAUACAAAUAAUCAAAUUGGUUUGACGGACUUGAUGAAUUUUAAUACGAGUGGGUUUGAUGAGCAGAUCGCCGAAACACGACGUCUUCAAAAUAGUCUGAAUAUCAAUUGCGCGGAAAAAUCGACCAUUUCGAAACAAUUUGAAAUUGUGACUGAAAAUCUGAACAUUUUUCAAAGAUCGUCUAAUAAUCUUGACGAUCCAAUCAGCGUUAUUCGAAGUGAGCUGAACACGAUUCAAAAUCAGAUUCAAGCCCAAGCUGAUCAGGCAAAUCAAGCGAUUGAAUCAUCACAGCUGCAAAUUUCGGAUUCAACAAUUUCUAUAAAUAAUAUGAUUCAUGAUCUUCAAGAUGAUAUAAGCAACAUAGUUAGCGCAUUGAAUACGGCACAAAGCGACACGGUUUCGUCAAACGCCUAUUUUAUUGUAAAGUUGUGCCUUCGACUUGUCGUCACCGUGCCGACAUGCGUCGCAAUGCUAUUCGCAAUCAUUGCCAUUCUUGGAGUGUGCGAUGGAAUGAAGCGCUCACGCUUCGUCGGCUGCACGUCGAAAACGAUUCUCGUCGGAUUCUACACAAUCCUCGUCUUCUGCAUUAUAAUUCUGUUUGUCGAAAGCGCCGCGUUCGUCGCCGGAUGGGCGACGUCGGCCGUCUGCGUUCCGAUUUUCGAAGAUCCAAACUAUAAGCUAUUCCAUAGUCUGCAAUCGAUCAACAUUCAAACGCAAGAGCAGGGCCCGAGCGAUCAGUUUAACAUCGGAGCGACGAUGACAAGUUGCACCGACCCAAACGAGACGUUUUAUAACGCUAUAAACGCGUCUCAAAUUAUUUCGCAAGAUGCUAUUGACAAUCAAAUGGACCUUGAGCAAUAUAGGACGCAAUCGAAUGAAAAUAUACAGAAUUAUCCAUUCACACAAGUUGAAGUUGCCAAUUCGAGUCAACUGAACACGUCUCUAGAAGAAUUGAAAAAUUCGCUGAAAAUUCUUCAAGGAAUCACCAAUUGCGCGAACAAUAAUGAUUACAGCAAUUAUCUCGCAAGCCUUCAAUCAACGAUCAAUAGCGCUUCAGAAUUCACUGAUGACGUGAACAAAUUCAAUAACCCACAAACGGGCUACCCGAAUAUUCAAGCAAUUUUAGUGCAGCAGAAUAAUUAUCAAUUUGAUCAGGGCCAAUCCGUAAUCAAUGGUUCGGUUCAACAAUUGACCAGCGAACUGCAAACGAGCAUUUUUCUUUGUCGGCCGCUUAUUGAUAUAUUCACGAAUGGCGGAGACGUUGUUUGCCAACAAUUCGGAUCGCCAAUUCAAGGAAUGUGGUCGUCUGUUGGCCUCAUUGGAGUCGUCGAAUUCGUUCUCGCCAUCGUCUUUUUAUGCGUCUAUCGUUGGCUGAGCCGCAAUUCGCCGAAAUCGUCGUCGGUUUCAAGCUGGAAUGACGGACCAACGCGAAGGGAUAGCGACGUGUUCGCGAAGCCUCCAAUCCGACUGCCGUCGUUCCCGCAGGCCCAAAUCGAGCCAAUUGAGAUCGAUAGGAAUAAUGCCGAUUAUAGGGAUUCUGAAAGGCAUGCAGAAGAGGAGAGUUGGGGAAAUGUUGGACGGGAUGUUCAGGGACUAAAACGAAAUUAUUAG